AUGGAAACUGUUCAUUUUAUUUUUCUUGUAUUGUCCUUUCUUAUAUGUAAAUGCUAUUCUCAAAAUUAUGAUAAAGAAAAUUUGAAAAAACUAACAGAAUACCGUCAACAACACAGGAAAACAGUGGAUGGCCGGUUAUGCGCUGCGGCGUUUGUGCAAGAUGAUCAGACAUACACAGACUGUACAAAAGCGACGGAUCCUAACGGAAUAACUGGAAAAGAUUGGUGUUAUGUAGAAGUCCAGUUAAUAGGCAAGGGUAACAGAGAUUGGGAUUAUUGUAAAGGAGUAAUUAAUUAUGAUGUUGUAAGGUCAAAAGCUCGAACAUUUUUUCAAGCGAAAUCAAAUGAGUUAAGUAGUGCUGUUACAAAAUUAGAUGUUGAACACAAGAAAUUAGGAGGUAUAUAUGAGAAAUAUCAAGAAAUAUGUGGAGCUACAUCAGAGUUAUUAAAAAAGAAAAUUCAAGAAAUUAAUGACAUAGCUAAAAUAUCGAGUAGAAAUAUAAAUAAGUUAUUAUUACAAGCAUCAUCUAUUAGUGAUACAGAAACCAAAAUGUAUGAACUAGAAGAUGAAGUAGACAAGAAUAGAAAAGCAUUUCUGGAAAACAAAAAAAAUUGUUCUGUAUUAAAAGGAUAUGCUGUUGAAGAUAGAGCUGAUGGACUAAUUGGUAGCUACUAUGACAAUGCUUAUUUUUCAGGAUAUCCUGUAUCAAUUAAUACUGAUAAAUAUAUAAAUUAUAUUUGGGAUACAGGUAUACCGAUAGAAAAUAUUCCUUAUCAACACUUUUCUGUUAGAUGGGAUGGAUAUUUAAAAAUUCCUCAAACAGGUAACUAUAUUAUAACUAUUGAACAUGACUGUGGCGUAAGAAUAUUUUUGGAUAAUUCUCCAAUAAUAGUGAGUAAUAUGCCAUAUCCAAAAGAAGAUGAAUCAGAAGAGAUGAAACCAAUAUCUGUUCUUCCUAUCGAAAAAAUAAAUGCUAAGGUACAUAAAAUUAGUUCAGAAAAAUUAGGAUUAAUUGGAGGAAAGAAAUACAAAUUUCGUAUAGAAUAUUUUCACUUAAGUAGUAUUAAAUAUGAAAAUCCUGACAAUGCUCAUAUUAUUAUAUAUUGGAAAUCUGAUAAUAUAGUAGAGGAAAUUAUUCCAACAAAUUAUUUUUUCCAAGGUAACGUAACCAGCCCAUUAAGAAUUAGUGAACUAAGAGGUAAUGAAUAUGAAAUUAUUUUCCUUGAAAAUGGGGUGUAUGCUUUUAUGAAUUCAUUAGAUUUCAUAGUUACUGAUAUCCCUACUAUUUAUGAAAGAUCAAAAGCUAUCCGUACUUUGUCUGAUCCUAAUAAAAAUACCAUUCGAUUCAGAAUAAAUGCAUACAGUACUGCCUACAUUGCUAUACCAAAGGAAGAAAAGGAAAUUCCCCUUAACGAUGUAUCUAAAAAGAAUUUCGUAAAUACGAAAGAGACCUUAUCCAUAUAUCAAGUACAAGAAGCAAAUACUAACGCAACUGAACAAAAAAUAUAUAAUGUAUUCUCGUCUGAAUACUACGAGGGAGAAGUAAUAAUAAAAUUACAGAAACCAACGCCAUUUCUUAUAUUCAUGCAGCAAAAGGAAUUAAGAUCUACAGACAUUUGUAGAGGAUAUAUACAAGCAGUUUCGCUAACAAAUUCAGCUUAUUUUAAUUCUUGUUAUACCUCUUCUUAUGAAUCCAAAAAAUUUGAUUGUAAUGCUGGUUUUAGUGGAGAUAAUCAUGAAAAGGAAUAUUCAACAUGGAAAACAGCUUCAAAUAAAUCAUUAGGACAAUAUGUAAGCAUCAAUUUUAACUACGAUAUGGAUAUAUAUUCAUUUACUUUCAAAACGUUAAAUUCGACAGAAAAUGCAAUUACAGAACUAUCCUUAUAUUUUCCUAACACGAAGAAUCCUGAAACGUUUACAAUAUCUUUAGGACAUCAUCAUUACAAGCUGAAGACACCUAUAAAAACAAAAACGAUAAAAGCUGUUAUAUCUAAAGUAAAUGAUCCAAAAAGUCAGAGUGGUGGAAAUAUUGCUUUUUAUGGUAUCCCAUGUAUAGACUCAAAAAAUCAGCAAAUUAAUAUAGAAAAAAAAAAUCAGUACGAAAUUAAUAUUUUUUUUAGAAGUAAGAAUGUUAACAUAUUAACAAAACCAUUAAAUUGGCUCAUAGAUAGUGGAAUGAAAAAACAAGUGCAUGGAAAUUUUAAAUACGGCUGGGAAAAAUUACCUACAUCAAUAGAGUCAGAAAAUUUAGACAAAAAAGAUUUAUCACAUGCAGGUAUAUCAUUCCUCCCUUUAGAAUGUAAAAUUAAUGAAGCUUGUGAUACUUUGAAUACUUGGUCAAUUGACUUAUUACACGAAGGAACGUAUUACAUAUCUAUAGAAAUCGGCUCCCCAUCCGGAAGACAAGAAUUAAAUUCAAUUAAAGUAAAUGGUGAAGUAUUUAUAAAUAACAUUUUCUUGAAACCUAAGCAGUACACAAAAGUUAGCGCUGAAGUUAAUAUAACAAAAAAUAAAAUAGUACAAAUUUCUACAAACACGAAUACGGUAAUCCAAUCCGUACAACUUUUAUUCCUGCAUAAUUAA